GUUACGGUCAUGUCACUGUAAACGUCGUACCCCAACGUCAAAAUUUCAGUUUAAGAAACCCGGUCCCUUCACCCACAAUGGCAACGUCUUCAAAAACAGAAAAGACGCCACCAUCGAACUCCAAAGAGAAAAUGCCAAUCGGUAUAGAUUUGGGCACUACAUACUCCGUUGCCGGCGUCUUCAUUAACGACACCGUAGAAAUUGUGCCCAACGAUCAGGGUAACCGUACAACACCCAGUUACGUGGCCUUCACCGAUGUCGAGAGGCUUAUCGGAGACCCAGCCAAAACCCAGUGCGCCCUCAACCCGGCCAACACUAUUUACGACGUGAAGCGACUAAUCGGAAGAAAGUUUGACGAUCCCGUGGUUCAGAACGAUAUACAGAUGUGGCCGUUCAAGGUGAUCAACGAGAGCGGCAAGCCGAAGAUAAAGGUGACUUACAAGGGGGAGGUGAAGACGUUCUUCCCGGAGGAAAUUUCGUCUAUGGUUUUGAGCAAAAUGAAGGAGAUUGUCGAGAGUUAUUUGGGAACGAAAAUUAGUACUGCUGUCGUAACUGUGCCGGCGUACUUUAACGAUUCUCAAAGACAGGCGACUAAGGAUGCCGGUACCAUUGCGGGCUUGGACGUGAAAAGGAUCAUUAACGAACCCACUGCCGCUGCAAUCGCCUAUGGAUUGGAUAAGAUGGGCGACGAGGACCGCUAUGUCUUAAUUUUUGAUAUGGGCGGAGGUACUUUCGACGUAUCAGUCUUGGUCAUAGCCGGAGGGAUUUUUGAGGUGAAGGCGACAGCUGGAGACACCCACUUGGGCGGCCAAGACAUUGACGUUCGCUUGGUUCAACAUUUCGCCCAAGAGUUUGACAAGAAGUACAAGACCGAAUUGUUAACCAAUAAAAGGGCGGUGCGUCGUUUGCAAAUGGCCUGUGAGAGGGCCAAACGAACGCUUUCGUCGGCCAACCAGACGACAAUCGAAAUAGAUUCUUUAGCCGAAGGUAUUGACUUCCAUACGACACUGACCCGGGCGAAGUUUGACGAACUAAAUCACGAUAUCUUUAUGAGAACGUUGGAACCCGUGGAAAAAGCUCUCAAAGACGCCAAGCUCUCCAAGGAUAAAAUUAACGACAUCGUGUUAGUCGGAGGAUCGACGAGGAUUCCUAAAAUACAGACAAUGUUACAGAACAUAUUUCACGGAAAAGAAUUAAACAAGACGAUAAAUCCCGAUGAAGCGGUGGCCUACGGCGCUGCCGUACAAGCUGCAAUUCUGGCGGGGGAUAAUUCGGCGGCAGUUAAAGAUUUACUAUUACUGGAUGUAGCUCCGUUAUCAUUAGGAAUCGAAACCGCCGGGGGUGUUAUGUCAAUAUUAAUACCCAGGAACUCCACUAUUCCCAUAAAACAUUCUCAGAUUUUUUCCACCUACGCCGACAAUCAACCGGGUGUCCUAGUCCAAGUGUACGAGGGGGAGAGAGCACUUACAAAGGACAAUAACCUCCUGGGCAAGUUUGACCUAUCGGGGAUACCACCGGCGCCACGAGGAAUUCCACAGAUCGAAGUAACAUUCGACAUAGACGCCAAUGGAAUUUUGAACGUCAGCGCACAGGAAGCUGUGACCGGCAAGAAGAACAAUAUAACAAUCACAAACGACAAAGGAAGACUGUCAAAGAAUCAGAUCGCUGACAUGGUGGAGGAGGCCGAGAAAUUUCGCGUGGACGACGAGAAGAUCAUGUCGGCGGUGAUCGCGCGCAACGAUUUGGAAAGUUAUCUUUACCACCUCAAGUCAAUGGUUGACGACCAAGAGAUCGCCUCCCGAUUAUCAGAAGAAGAUAACACAACGAUACAAAAAGUAUUCAAGGAGGCAAUGGAGUGGUUGGAAAAUAAGAAGGGUGCGCAGGAAGAAGAAAUUUUAAGUAAAAGGAAGGAGGUGGAAAAUAUUUGCAAACCGAUAACGAUGCGCUUCUAUGUGAGUGGUUCGAGUAGAGUACAUAACGUUCCUACCAGACGUUUCCCUGACGAUCGUGGGGGUGGAGGGCCUGCGGUUGAAGAUAUUGACUAAUUGCAUAUUGACAAUAAACUACUUUCAUUGUA